AUGGCUAUUAAAAAGUCAAUAAAUGAUUUAAAAGAUUUAUUUUCAAAGUAUAGAAAGAAAAAUUGCUUAACAGAUAAAACUGUGUAUGAUGAGGAACCUCAUAAUAAAGAUAUCCAAAAUGAAAUUAAAAACGAAAACGUAUUUAAAAAUCAGGAAAAGGAAGUUCAGCUUAAAACAUCAAUAGCACGAUAUAAUUUUGAUUCUCCCAACACGUAUAGUAAUUUCCAAUUAAAUUCUUAUGUAGGCGAGGACAUGAAGCGUUCAGGUCAAACUGUUAAAGAUAAUUCCUAUAUUGGAACUAAAUUCGAUGAUAGUAAGUCAACCAGGAGAUUUGCACAUAAUAUAUUUAACCAAAAUAUACUAUCGGACGAAUUAAAAACAAUUAUAGAUCACAAAUCACAAACAAAAUCCGAAAAAUUUGACCAACCAAAAGAUCCUAAUAUAAUUAUCAACUCAGAUGGCAAAUACGUACAAAUGAAUAACUAUAACGAAAUAUCCUACGAUUAUGAUGACGAUGGUGAAAAUAGAUCAAGUUCCAGAGAACUAGAAAAAUUAAACAAUAAUAUCGCAAAUCAAUUGAGAGACCCGACAAAAGGAUUGGGUAUUUCCAAAAUGACAAAGUCUCAUAUGAUGAUUAUGAAACAUCCACGUGUAUGCUACGCAUGCAGUAGUAUCAAUGAUUUCUCAUGCUGGACUCCUAAUAGAUUAACAUCAGUGAAGUACUGUCAUGAAGAUCAUACUUCAUGCUUAACAAAAAUGUAUAAGGAUAAAGACGUAAGAUACAUUACACGCGACUGUGGCAGCGCCUGCGUACCCUCAACAAGACACGAAUUCAAACUAAAAUACGACUUUUGCACCAUCUGUCACGCUGAUUUAUGUGCAUUGGCACAUUCACUAUUAUCAGUUGCUGCUUGGGUAGAAUAUAACAUAGAGUGGGUGCCUGCCAUAGAUAAUACACCUAUACUAGCUAGUGCCUGCCGAGCCGAGCGCGUGGAUAAUACCGUCAGUCCGUCACCACUAAGUGAAGUAAUAUAA